AUGUUACUGCAACAGUCAGACCUUUUCCCUAAACCUACUCAGAGGUUAGCUAUGAUAAGUUUAUUGAAUGAUUUAUAUAAAGGAGAUUCAGUCGUGUCUAACCCUUUUGUUUCUGUUUUUAUUCAUUUGCUGCAUCCUUCAGAAGAAACAGACAAAGUUACAGGUAGAAAACUAUUAUAUGGUGGGCAUUUGCCUUAUUUGUCCACAAAAGAGAGAGCAAUCGUAUCUCAAUUAAUUUCUGGAGUGUCUCACUUAAACAAAAAAACAGCAAAGCAAAUUUUAUCAAGUGAUCUUACUCAUAUCCAUAAUGUUGAUAUUACUGGUAUUGAAUUGGCAAAUGCUGAAAAAAUGUCAGAAUUACCACAUUCUAGUAAAGGUGGAAUUCCAGUAGUAAUUUCUUAUCCAGAUAACAAAUUUGGAAUUAAUUUAACAUAUGAUGCAUCAACUGCAAAAAAAACAGCAGAACAAUUAUUAGCAGGACCUAAGAAUAUAACUGAUCAAAAUUACAGACCUGAAUUCAUAAGACUAGUUCCUCCUCUACAUGAUUGUCAUGAUGAGCUUGUUUGGAUGAACAUGACUGAACCUUGUGAACGUAAACCUGCAUAUGAUGUGACAAUGUGUGUGUCUAAUAGUGCUGGAGUAGAAGCUAGACGAUUGAUGGCUAGAGCAUUUAAAGGUCCUCUCACAUUGCAACAGCAGCAACAUUUGCUCAAUGAAAUUGAAUCAGAUCCAAAAUUAGUUUACCUAAUUGGAUUAACACCAAAUAAAUUGCCUGAUCUUGUCGAAAAUAAUCCUUUAAUCGCUAUCGAGGUUCUAUUGAGACUCAUGCAGUCUAAUCAAAUUACAGAAUAUUUCAGUGUUCUUGUUAAUAUGGAAAUGUCUUUACAUUCGAUGGAAGUUGUUAAUAGGUUAACUACAACUGUUGACUUACCCACAGAAUUUGUACACUUGUACAUUUCUAAUUGUAUUUCAACAUGUGAAACUAUUAAAGAUAGGUACAUGCAAAAUAGAUUAGUCAGACUUGUAUGUGUUUUUUUACAAUCCCUUAUAAGAAACAAAAUUAUUAAUGUACAGGAAUUAUUUAUUGAAAUUCAAGCUUUUUGUGUUGAAUUUAGUAGAAUUAGAGAAGCAGCAGCUUUGUUUAGGUUAUUAAAACAAUUGGAAUCUGGUGACAUUGGAGGCUUAUCAGGAUCAUCUGGAUCGGCUAAAAUAAAACCAGAUAGUUGA